CGGACCUGUCAUUUGUUUUUUUUUUUUUUUGCUUGGAUAACCUAGAUCCGAGGUGUUUGUGAUUGAUACACGAGUGCACUUACUGUGAGGAAUAUGAGAUUCCGGGCGGCCAUCGCGCUUUUGUUGUUACUAGGUGUCACAUACGGAGAUGUCGUCGUGAACAUGUUUGGACUCUGGAAGGAGAAUGCUGGCUGGGAACUGACAUGUUCCUGGACUUUAGACAGCAGACCCUUGCAGUCCGUACGGCUGUAUAAAGACGGCACGCAGUUCCUCAUAUACAGGCCAGAGAAACAUGGGAUAGACAUGAAGUUCGGGUCUACUGCCGAUGACUCGCGUCUAAAGGUGCACUGCAGCGACACCGGCAGCACGGGCAAGUGCGAGCUGCUGCACGAGCUGGUGGCGCCCCCUGUGUUCAACACGACGUACAAGUGCGAGGUGUCGGAGGAGGGGCCGAGGUUCGACAUGAAGUUUGCGGAGUACACCAUAGAAGUAUUUGUACCGCCAAUAUAUCCACAGUUGGAGAUAUCAUCGCAAGAUAGCGUUGUGAGCGUGAACUGUACCUCGGCGGCGAUCCCCGCUCCGAGACUGGUGUGGCGCAUAGGAGGUCAGAGAAUUCCAGAGAACUUCUCAAGCCGUCGUUGGGACCCAGUCAGUAAGCUGUGGCACUCGUGGUCGGUGGUCACCAUGUCUCAGGGGGAAUCUCUGGCGUUGGCCUGUGACACCCAUUUCGUGAGGGCGGGCAAACUCAUGCUGGGUCAGACCGUUGAGGCUACUGUCAACUCGGCUCAUAAACUUAUGGGUUUGACUGUUUCUCUAUUGAUAGCAACUCUGACGACAUCACUGCGGUGACCAGUUUGUUUGACAAUUUGUUUUAAGCGUGAAAUUAAUAGACAUUUAAACUGCUGAUUGGCGUCUGAAUUCCAAAAUUAAAUGUACAUUCUAACAUUGUGAUGACCAAGGGGCGCCAAAACCGUAUUUUAUACACCCUGUGUUUAUUGAAUUCCGUUUACUUUAAGGGAAGGUUCUUUAGGUCAAAUACAAUAAAAUUUCUCUAGAAACUAGCUUCCUAACUCUUACGGUUAUCGAAUUAUUAAAAAAAAAAUA